UUCAGGUCCAGACGUGGAGAGCAUGGGCUUGGCGACCUCCUUGGACGACACUGCAAACGUUCAAAAUUCCGGCGUAGUCGAGAUGACCCUCACUAAUUUCGACGACAUCGACGAUGAUGAGAUUGACUCGUACAUUCUGAGUGAAAAAGAGUUUCAGUGCAAGAACGGCUUGUGGUACGAGAGAAAUUCGGAGUACUUAGAACAACAAAAGGCUAAAGCGGAACGGCUAGCAAAGGAGCGCGAAGAAGCAGGACAAGGAGCGGGUGCAGGUACUGGAAAAACUGAUCGAAAAAGAAAACGUGGAGGUCGGAAACGAACAAUCGCGGCUGCCGCUUCUGCUGGAGAAGCUAUUGAGAAAAUUCUCCAGGAAAAGAAAAUAUCCACCAAGAUCAAUUACGACGUGCUGAAAAGUUUGACUUCUGUUGGAGUGGGCAGCAGCGAGGUGCAACACGAAGCCAAACCGGAUGAAAAGGUGUUUGGAGAAGAAGAUAAAAAGGAAUUUAGUAGCAGGUUUAGCAAGCCUGCUCCAAAUCUCAGUAAAGGAGCGGUGAAACCAACGGUAAAGAACGAAACUGUUGUGCUGUCGACUUUGAAGAAAGAACAGGCGGAUGUUAAGCAUGAGAAUGUGCAGAGACCAGAAGAAAGUAUAAACGCAGCUUCUGAAGAGGAAAUGGAGGAUGAUUACGAUGAAGAACCACCUGUGGAAGAACCACCAAAUGAGAUGGGUGUUCUCCAGAUGUUACAACAACACAGGGAAGGAGCUGAUGAUGAAAAUGAAGACUUCGGAUAUAAUUACUAUGAGGAACCUGAGGACUAUUAGGUUCUUCUUUCAUACUGUGAUAAUAACUUUUUCAUUAAUUUAUUAUUAUCGUAAGUUAGGAGGGUGCAUCUAAGCAACAUCACAUUUUUUCGAAAUGAGAUCGCUGAUAGAGGCUAUAUCAUAACAAUUUAUUACAAAAAAUUAUUCCUAUAACUUUCAAACCGAGUUCUAGAGUUAGGACAAAAUGACAGAUUUGUAAUUGUAUUUCAUUGAGUAAUUCAUAUAAAAAUAUUUAUUGAUCGAUUUAAAAAAUGAUUGUGCUAUGAAGAAUGCAUAUACUUUAUUGUUUCUGAUGAUGUAUACUUGAUAUGAUGAUACACGGUAAUUAUGCAUGUUAUCUGUAUAUAGUUUGGUUCCUUUUUAUUUAUUAUUAUUAAUGUAUAAGAGUAUAAAAUGACAUAAUAUAUGCUUUUGUGGUAUGGU